UUAAUUAAUUUGUGAGUUCAAACAACAGUAAUUGGUCAAAAAAUACUGCUGCUAAUAGUAUUCAUUAAACCAGAAGGUAUAAUGUGAAACUUGUUGUUUAUUAGUUUCGUAUAGUCAACUUAAUUGAAAAACAAAAACUAUAGCAAAAUAGCUGUCGUUAGUAAGUUUGCUUCAUGGCGGCAGACAACAUCCCCUCUGAUUCCCAGAACUACUCGACUGCGUGGAAGCACUCGUCGGGAGACCUGCAGAGUCGCCUUAAGACGCGCAAGAUCCUCGGCGUAGGAGAGACAGACAACGGAGACAUCCACCGCAGCAAGAUUUCGCAGGUGCUGGGCCACAACGAGCACCUGUACGCGCGUCUGCCGCGAGGGUUGCCCACGACGCACGUGCUGCUGGCGUCGCUGGUGACUGUAGAGUGCGCGCUGCUGCUCGUCUCCCCUCAUGCGGCCGCGGCGUUGGGGGUGAUCGCUAUACCCGUCGAGGGUACUGGGUGUCCCCUCACCCCACUCAGGCUGCUCGGUGCCGCACUGUCUAGUCUCGCAGUAUUCUUAUGGACGGCCGUGGGUACAACGGACAAACACUGUGCCCGCACAGCUCUAAUUGCCACUGUGCUUUAUAAUGCCAUGUCGGUUGCCAUAGUUUUGGCAUCUGCUGCGAUUCAGGGAGUGUCAUGGCGGGGCGGGGUGACAGCCUGUGUGUGCGCUAGGACGUGUCUGUGUCUGCUGUGUCUCGCCUACGUCAGGCAGAUCGGUGAGCCUGGGGCGGGUGCAGCCAAGUCCUCCUCCUACAGACAUCGUGAUUCUUCCUGCUGCUCUUCACCUGCUCCUCUAACUCCUCAGCCAUCUUCCUCUUCCUCUUCUUCCUCUUCACGAACUGCUCACUUCUUCGGGGGUAGGUCGUUUAGUCCUACCGAGGGCACCAUUUCCGAGGGUAGCUCUUCCGAUGCCAACACUUCCGAAGGAAAACCUCGAAAAGGCGACAUUAAUGAAGAGAGUCCUUCUGAGGGCUGCCGUCCCUUGGAUACAGGGAGUCAACUUCCCUUAGAUAUCCCUCUCGAUGGGACAUCUCUCUCUUCCCUCACCUCUUGCUCUGUCUUCUCUUCAGCUGCUGCUUCUGUUCCACAUCUUGAAGAGAACAAGAAGAUUAAGUGAAUCAGAUGAACU